GCCAACCUUGCAUUGCACGAUGGAUGUAGAGUCGUCCAAAAUUGUCAUCUCCCAACCACAAGAAGAAGAAGAAAAAGAAGAGAAGAACCAGCGUUUCCAGGAAAAGAGGGCAAGACUGAGACGAGAGUACGAACAAGAGAGAGCCCAGAAGGACCCCCUCGAACCUUUUUACAUCAAGAAAGCUCAGGAAGAGAGGGUGAGAGCCUAUCACCAGAAGCUCAGAGCAUACUACCAACGCAAAAUCGCGGACCUGGAACGAGAAGGGGAUAACCCUGAGACCUACACUCCUAAACCUCGCACCGACAAAGAAAUUUCUGGCUUCAUCUGGGGUUCAGACGGGGAAUGAUGGCUCCAGCUCAGUCUCAACCAGCCUCUGGGCAAGCCAACGAGCCUCUAAACACGAGCAAUGGUCCCGCAAGUCUUGUUGGCCCUACUCCAUCCUUCAUCUAUGUCGCCAAGCGGUUUGUAUUCCAACAGCAGAUCCAGACCCACAUGAUAGCUAUUGGCAACAAUCCAACUCGCGAGGACAACUUCAGACUACAUGGUGUUCAAUGGAUCAAUGAUGUUAGAAAGGCUUUGUCACUACCUGUUAGCACCUUCACCGUCGCAACUAUACACUACCAUAAAUUUCGUCUCACCCACAAAGAUACUGAAUACCAAUUUCAAGACGCCUCGGCUGCUGCUCUACUCACUGCUUGCAAGAUCGAGGAUACAUUGAAGAAGUCAAAGGAUAUUUUGUGCGCUGCUCAUAACAUCAAAGUUCCUGGUGCCGAUCAUCUCAGUCCGGAUGAUAUUACCUUUGAGGGCCAAUCUAAGGCUAUCAUUGGAUUGGAGCGCCUCGUCCUUGAAGCUUCAGGUUUUGACUUCCGAUCCUUUCACCCACACGAAACCCUCGUCAAGCUCCUCAAGUCAUCUGGAUUCAGCACAGAAGUCAGUACAAUGGCUUAUGAUAUGAUGAUCGAUCUGCACAAAACCUUCGCUCCUCUCAAGCAGGUUACUACUACUAUGGCCUUCGCGUGCACUGAACUUGCUACCUUGGUUACCGAAAGUGCAGAUGAUCAAGAUAUCAUGAAGAGUCUCAUCAAGGAUUAUGAAAAGUGGUCCACUAGCAGAGCUGAGGUUGUUGAAACCGUACUCGACCUUCUCGACCUCUACACCCAUUUUCAAAAAACGUCGGAAGUUGGUCCAAAGUACAAUAUCGAGUUGUUCAUUCAAAUCCGGAUAAAGUUCAAUCAGGAGGUUGAGCAAACUCCGGGUCUGAGCAGAUACACACACCAAGUUGAGCACCAGAAGACCAACGGCUUCAAGACGAACGUCAAGACUCCCAAGACCCCGAUUACCCCUGCCAGCCCUUCUGAUGUCCGUGCCAAUGGUGCAUCUCCUGCCACUCUGAGUCCUAGAUCUUCUGAUUCGCGUCGCCCUGGCCCUCGCCCUGGACAAGAUGGCACUGCUCGAUUCAUGCUCGAUCCGGACCAAGCCAGGAAGGAGCGUGCAGUCGUCAACGAGUACCACCGAAUUGAGUACGAAGAAUACGAGGUCGAGGUCGAGGAGCCUAUCCAGCCAGAGCGCGCUCCUCAAAAUCAUCACCGCCCAGGCGGGCCUGGAAGCAGAGAGGAUAGAUAUCACCCAAGCAAGCGUGGCAGACGUCUCUAAACGGCCUGAACAGAGUGCACAUAUUUUCUUUCUUACUCAAAAAGCAGGAAUGUGUGUUACGGUGCAUACGAGGUGUUGGCGGACAUUUCUGCUUUUUCCAGGCGCUGAGGAAUGCAUAUAUGCAUGAGCAUACUGGAGUUAUGGGCUUUAAGUCAGGAUGAUACCACAACGAAGCAAUGAAGUACUUUGAUUCAAUCAAAUUCUCUCCUAUCGUAACCUAUACUUACAGCUUCAUUCCUGGGGCUCGAUUCUACUUUAUCUAUUGAUCCCCUCCAUUUCUGCCCCCUCCUUGCUUUCAAUCAGCCCGCCAACACUCCACCUGUCUGCCGUCGUCGAAAUAUUGACAGCCUUGUCCAGACGGAACUUGAUUUUGUUCUGCAGCUCGAUUUCAGAAUCCCUGCAGGGUGGAGCUGCCUCUCGCAUGUGAUGGUCCCUCGGAAUGGACGCCAG